AUGUGUGGCUGGAUUGUGUUGCUACUGUGGGUGGGGCUUGUUGACUUGUCCGUCACACAACAGACCGACGCCCUGACCUGGCUCAACUACCUGCGCAACCGGGCCAAUGGCGGCAGCUACACUCAAAACCAUGGCAACCACUACAUUUCCGCCGAGGCAGAAAAUGAGCUGGUGGAGGUGGAGUGCCCCCUGGAGUGCGACUGCCCCUCCACCUACCCCUACGCCAUGUACUGCCACAGCCGCAACCUCCAGCACGUACCCUUCGUGCCCUCUCGGAUGAAGUACGUGUACCUGCAGAACAACCGCAUCAGGGGCAUCACAGACGGCGUCUUCGACAACGCCACCGGCCUGGUGUGGAUCAUUCUCCACAUGAACCAGCUCUGCUCGGAUCAGAUCAGCGACAAGAUCUUCGCCAAACUGCCCAAGCUGGAGCGCCUGUUCCUCCACCACAACCAGCUGGAGCGCCUCCCCACGGGACUCCCUCGCUCACUGAGGGACCUGCGUGCCAACCACAACGCCAUCUCUUCCGUAUCAGCCACCGCCCUGCGAGGCUUAGAUCGCCUGGCAGAGCUGCGUCUCCACACCAACACCAUUGAGGACCUGGGCAGCGCCCUUGAGCCCUUGCAGUCGCUCACCAUCCUGGACCUGCGCGGCAACCGGCUGACGAAGGUGCCUGAGAACCUGCCCCCGCGGCUGAGCCAGCUGUACCUGGAGCACAACCUCAUCUCCAUGCUGCCCGCUGGCUUCCUGAGGGAACGACCCGAGCUGCGCUUCGUGCGCCUGGCACACAAUCACCUCACGGACGACGGCAUCCCCCCGGACACGUUCAAUGUCACCACGCUGCUGGAGCUGGACCUGUCGCACAACAGGCUGGAGAAGAUUCCUACCAUGAGCACACGCCUUCAAAACCUCUACCUCCAAGCCAACCGCAUCAAAGAGUUUUCAGUCAGCAGUUUCUGCCGGGUAGUGGACAUGGCCAACUACUCCAACCUGCGGGUCCUGCGACUGGAGGCCAACAAGAUCAGCCCCCAUGAUGUGUCCCCCAAGGCUCUGCUCUGUCUGCGCAAAGCCACCACUAUCUACCUGUAGGCCAGAGCAAGGAGCACCUGGCCAACAUCUGCCCCACUUACCUGCCCAAGGCAAAUGGAACAUGCAAAUUCAAGCUAAUCUCUUGCUUUGUCAAGAGCAAAAAGAUACCAAGUUAUGCUGACUGGCAUUGUUAAUAUUGGGUUAUCAAUGUGGUGUCUCAGUUCUCAUAAAGUGGACGUUCAUGUAAGGUAUAAAUCUACUCACUGUGAAAUAGCACAUUAUGGAGAAAAUACUCCAGUAAAUAGAUGCAAGUAGUAACAAAUAGGUAAUCUUAGUAUCUAAUAAAUUAAGAUUUUAUACCUAUGGACAUAUGUAAUUAGUAAUACAAUUGUAUGCUCAAUGUAACAAAAGUUAGUCUGCAGAACUAUAAUAGUUUUAGAAUGUUUGU